GUAUGGUGGAAUUCCAGAUUUCACCCACCGAAGUGUGCAGUACUUGGAGAAAAAAGCAAAACUUAAGUCCAAAUUCUUGGAUAUGCGUAAACCAAGGAAGAGCAAAAACACACACAUCUUCUUUACAGAGGAAUCUGAAAUGUCUUGCAAAAAAAAUAAAACUUUGAAGAAGGUGGAAUUGUUCCUAAAGCAGGUUAGUAAGCAUGAGGAGGAAGCCACACCCCAGCCAGCAUCCCCUCACGGAAAAGUGGAGGCAUUGUCCACGAGCAGCGACUCAGAGGACCAGGGAGGUGCUGCAGCUGCACGGACUGUGAUGUUGAAUGCUGAAAACCAAAAGCAACCGUCUUCCAGUGUGGCCUCCACAGAACCUGGAAUGAGUAACCGUGAGGAGGAAGCGCAGGACGCAGGGGCGAGCGGCUCCAAUGGUCAGGGUCUGGAGAGGCAGGAGCGUGGCUGCGAGCGGCAGCUGGUCUCUCUGGAUAUUCCCGAUUACCUCCAGGCAGAGACAGAAGACGUCAGCCAAGCUGUAGAUGAAAAAACUACCAUGAAGAAGAAGGAGAAAAAAAGGAGGAGAAGGAAGAAAAUUACGCUGAGAGCUAUACCUGCUGAGAUUGCUGCUGAUCCGGAGCUGGCCAAGUACUGGGCACAACGCUACCGGCUGUUCUCUAGGUUUGAUGAGGGAAUUAAACUAGACAGAGAGGGUUGGUUUUCCGUUACUCCUGAGAAAAUCGCUGAGCAUAUUGCCGUCCGCGUCAGUGAGUCGUUCAACUGCGAUAUCAUAGUGGAUGCGUUCUGCGGGGUGGGAGGAAACGCUAUCCAGUUUGCACUGACCUCAAAAAGAGUGAUCGCUAUCGAUAUCGACCCCGAGAAGCUCAUUCUCGCGCGCCACAACGCUGAGGUGUACGGCGUGGCGGAUCAGAUAGAAUUCGUGUGUGGGGACUUCAUGGUGCUGGCUGCCGACCUGCAAGCAGACGUCGUGUUCCUCAGCCCGCCCUGGGGUGGGCCUGACUACGCCACAGCCGAAAUCUUCGAUAUCCAAACCAUGAUUUGCCCAGACGGAUUUAAAAUUUUCAGGCUCUCCAAGAAGAUCACCAACAAUAUUGUGUAUUUUCUACCUCGGAAUGCUGAUAUUGACCAGGUGGCUUCCUUAGCAGGGCCAGGAGGGAAAGUUGAAAUAGAACAAAACUUUCUCAACAACAAACUGAAGACAAUAACAGCUUAUUUUGGUGAUCUAAUAAGGCAUGACAUCUCCUGAACUCAGUGUGGGUUCUUCCAAACCCAACCUCCCUGAC